AUGGAGCAGCACUUGCACGAACGCGUGCGCUGUUUCCAACUUGCCUAUUGGUUGUCGGGAAGCGACUUGUUCCAGGUCUUCGGAGCUUUGCGGAGUGCACAGUUGAGUGGUGGAGCAUCGUGGGCAACUUUGGCACCCUUUCUGGCAGACCGGGCAAGUGCCAAGAAGGAUGAGGGCAUCAUUGAAACCAUUGAGAGUGGCUCCGAUGAGUAG